AUGGCUACUGAGCGUUCUUCCAAUGGGCGCAUGUGUAAGAGUAAGACUGAAGAUGAAGUUAUGCCCAAACCAAGAUUCGAGUGUGGAGCUCCUGAUGUCACAGUCAUUGUGGGAGGGCAACAAUUUCAGGAGUACAGUCACCACCUGCGAUGUUGGAGUGGCUUCUUUGAUGCAGCCUUUCGAAGUGGAAUGAAAGAAGCCAGGACCAUGCUGUUCAAGUUUCCUGACGAUGAUCCAAGAGAAUGGGAGCUUGUAUGGGCUGUUUUGCAUCCAUUUUCUGAUGAACGAGUUAAUGAAGACAAUGUUGAAAAACUGUUUUCAUGGUUCCAAAAACUCUGCAUCUCCCAAGGUGUUGAUGAAUGUGCCAAUGUCUUGUUUGCAAUUCUGGAAAAGAGCACCUUGGCUCUUGGCUUCUUUUCAGGUAUGGUGUUUUUCAAAAGUCCAUUCAAUUCAGCUGAAACAAAGAUUGAUUGUGUCCUCAGAAUCUUACCAAUGAGUGCCCAAUGCACUGAAAAGAAAGCUGAAAAAUGUUGCGUUGCCUACUUGAGACAGGUGGCAAAAGAUAUGCCUUCACUCUUCCAUGAAAAGCAGUUGAAGAAGAUGUGUUCCCUUUUCUAUGAAGAUAGCAAUUGCAAAGCUGCUCUGUCAAUGGUUGUGGAAAAAUUUCUACCAACUGACAUCCAAGCCCCGGAGGACAAGAAUACUGUGUUGAACAAUCGAGUAUUGCUAUUAUCCUUUAUGAAAGCCAAGUGUGAAUCACACAGGUACAAAGGUGCACUAGACCGGAUUCCUUCCAUUCUCUCAUCACUGGAAAGAGACACGCCCCUUGCUGCUUCCAAAACGCACUCCGCCUUCAAGAAUGAUGCAGUGCUGGGAGCCGCCGUGAACUUGCCGUAA